GUAAAAAUUGACCGCUUUCGCGAAUAACAUCUCUUUUAGGUUAGUUUGGCGAGCGGUCACGUGUGGCUAAGUCAGCCAGGAACACCUUGCUGCACCUUUAUUAUGCGCCGUGUAAGACCGCGACCCAAUCUGCAAUGCGGCGAAAAUGUGUUCCCGUUUAAAGGCCCGUAUAUGUGAGCCUCCUCGCAAUACAUCCUGCUGUCUAGUAGAAAACGUGACGGAAGGUCGAAGCGUGCGCUGCAAAGGCCGCAACCGGAAAUUUGUGGUAGACAAUAAGACCGUUUGACUGCACUGAAAUACACUGAUCAUUCUCUCCAAUGUCGUCUAGAUUUUCCUUACUUGUGCGGUUUCCUUUGUCGACAUUCUUUCUUGAUUAUCGAAUCCGGUUCCAGCUUUGCCUUUUCUGCAUCUGAUGCUAAGCCAACUACCUCUGGAACUCCUUCGUCGUAUAUGCACGGAACUGUCACCUGAAGCUGCUCUGCACUUUGCUCAUAGCUGCCGACAGACAUACCACUCUUGUGACGACUGGAUCGUAUGGCGCAGUAUUGUGAAGAGCGUGCGCGUCCGUACCGAACCACCUGCAGCUGUGCUUGAACGAGGGUGUAAAGGGAUAGAACAUACAAUGGCAAACGCUGGUACCGUUCAGCCUGGCGCUGGACAUCCAAGUAUAACCGCUAUCGAACAGUAUAUGCCACAACUUAUAGUGUUGGGAUAUACGAUGGCAACGCCGCUGGAUCUCCGUACCAUGUACGAUCAGUGUAGAGCCUUGGUCAGUAGACAAGAGUAUCCAUCAUCGCUGAUCCGAGCAAAGACCGAUGAAAGUAAAUGGUUCGAGUUCAUGACAGACCCAACAAGCCGAUUUGCUCCGAGAGAAUGGCUGUCUGCGCAGACCGCCAGCUUGUGCUUUGCUAUUGGAGCAUUGUCUGAUGUGAACCACGCUUAUCAGUCAGAGGAGCCAUAUGCACGCUUGGAAGACGUCCAGUGGUUCAAUUCAAACGCAACCCAACAAGAUUGUGCAGACACGCUGGUAAUGCAGCAUGCAUUGGCGAAUACAGCAGUCGGUUGCUUUUCUCUGGAGCUUCGGGCGGCCCUUGGUGGCGAGAGAACGAUCGGCGAGGACUUCGAAGGUACCGCCAGUCCACCGACAGCUUCCAGCAUCCCGUUGGCAGCUCAAAUGGUAUCGAGCUUGCUAUCUUCGCCCGGCAACUUCAAGGACUCCUCACCGAGUUGCUUGAUGGCCACCGUUGACCCUGUCUUCUUCACGAGCCAUGCAUGGACCGGGUAUCUGACCACACGAGGCGACUGGCGAAGCGUGUACCACGGGAUCGGUGGGCACAACCUCAGGGAUCUGCCCUUAACAAAUGGACUCGACCAUGCGGGCAGUGCCAGUUUUCCAAUUGCCCUCGAUCACACCGUGAGAUUCCGUGUUGUCGACACUUUGGCCAAUGGCGACUUUGUGCUGCAAUCCAACUACUUCCACACCCGGGAUGACAUGUACACUAUGACGGUACUGGUGGAGAAACGGACCGGCCGGUUGUCGAUAUGCAUGUUACGUCCAGACGACGCGCCUCCACGAGCGAUACAAGCCUACCCAAGAAACGCCCUCAAUACACCUUUCGGAAUUGUAUACGGUAUCGAGCCUGGUAGUUGGCUGUGGCUUUGGAAGACCGAAUGGUCUGUUGGAAGUUCGAGGGGUCGCUGAAGUGGAAAGACGAAUAUUGAAUAAAAAGACGGUUCGGCAGUUCGCCGACAGGUAGCAUGCCGAUACGUAAGGUAUCUGAGACACUGGAGGCAACAAGGGUCCGGAAAAGCCAC